UCAAAAUUCGAAUAUUCCAUUCACCCAAAAUCUAACAUAAAUACGAAACGCUGCGUUUCAACGCCACCGACCGUUCAAUUCAACUUCCUCCUUCAAUCAUCUGCAACCUCCUUCUCCGCGAGACUGGUAGAUUGUAGGAAUCCGCAACAAUGGGCUUCCACCUAUCUCCAGCGUCCUCCUCCAGAAAAUGGCUGGGGUUUGUGACGGCCGUUUGGGUUCAGUCCAUCUCCGGCAACAACUACACUUUUUCCAACUACUCAGAUGCUCUCAAAUCGUUAAUGGCUCUCACCCAGUUGCAACUCAACAACCUCUCUGUUGCCAAGGAUGUGGGCAAGGCGUUUGGCCUCCUCUCCGGUCUCGCCUCCGACCGGUUGUCCACUCCGAUGAUGCUUCUUAUUGGGUCGAUUGAAGGGCUUGUCGGGUAUGGGGUUCAAUGGCUGGUCGUCAGCCGGAAAAUCCAGCCGCUUCCCUAUUGGCAGAUGUGUAUAUUUCUAUGCAUGGGAGGCAACAGUACGACAUGGAUGAACACGGCGGUUCUGGUGACAUGCAUCCGAAACUUCCGGACGAAUCGAGGUCCGGUCUCCGGAAUAUUGAAGGGUUACGUGGGUCUGAGCACCGCCAUUUUCACUGACCUCUGCACUGCUCUCUUUGCCGACGACCCCGCCAUCUUCCUCCUCAUGCUCGCCAUCAUCCCCCUUCUUGUCUGCCUCUCCGCUAUUCUCUUCCUCCGCGAGGUCCCUUCGUCGUCCACCGCAGCCGGCGAGAAGGAAGAGACCAAAUUCUUCAACCUCUUCAACAUCGUCGCCGUCGUCCUCGCCGUCUAUCUCCUCACCUUCGACGUCACCGGCUCCCAUAGCCGCAUCCUCUCUCAGGCAUUCGCCGUCGUCCUGCUCUUCCUCCUGGCUUGCCCUCUCUCAAUCCCUCUCUAUUUCAUGCUACAGGAUUUUAACCGGUCCGGUUCAAAACCCAGUUCCGACAUCGAGGGUCUAAUCACCGAAACCCUCCUGAGUCAAAACAGUCAGCCGGAAAUGGCGGCUCCGGCAUCGGAGGAAAAGGUGGAGCCUGUGGUGGAAAUCAAACGACCCCGGCCGUCAAUUGGGGAGGAUCACACAAUUAUUGAAGCAAUCAGCACCACUGAUUUCUGGAUACUCUUUGCAUCCUUCCUCUGUGGAGUUGGCACUGGUUUGGCUGUUAUGAAUAACAUGGGACAAAUGGGUCUAGCUCUCGGCUACGUGGAUGUCUCCAUUUUCGUCUCCCUCACAAGCAUUUGGGGAUUUUUCGGCCGAAUUUUAUCCGGUUCAGUUUCAGAAUACUUCAUAGGAAAAGCUGGAACACCAAGACCUUUCUGGAAUGCAGCUUCUCAGAUUCUGAUGGCAGUUGGGUAUGUUGUGAUGGCCAUGGCUUUGCCUGGCUCACUAUACAUUGGUUCAGUCGUGGUAGGGAUUUGCUAUGGAGUUCGUCUCGCUGUCACAGUCCCCAUUGCUUCUGAACUGUUUGGCCUGAAAUAUUAUGGUCUCAUCUACAACAUUCUAAUCCUCAACCUCCCCCUUGGCUCCUUCCUCUUCUCCGGCCUGCUUGCUGGCUUGUUGUAUGACGCCCAUGCUACCCGCACAGCAGGAGGUGGCACCACAUGCAUAGGCCCCCACUGUUACAGGCUGGUGUUCGUGGUAAUGGCCUUAUCAUGCAUUAUCGGGUUUGGCUUAGACGUCCUACUGGCAAUUAGAACAAAGAAUGUUUACUCCAAGAUUCGCGCGAGCAAGAGAUCAAAGAAGCCAGCGGCCCCAUCCAACAGCCGAUAAAUGCUCACAAUCCCAAAGAGACGGGACGAGACCAGAUGAGAAGAAACAUAAGAUUGACGGGCUUUUGCCCAGUGAUACUCUUAUGUUGAACAACGAUAGCUUGAUGGGCAUUUCUCAAGAGAAAUGUUCUAAUCUGAAAAAUAAAUCAUUCCCAUAUUAUCAAAAAAGAUCAUAUGGCCAGGUACUUGUUCUAGAUGCGCUGCCUUAUGUAGGUUUUCUACAUGAUGUUGCUGAACAUGCCAUUUGGUCAUGAAGUACCAUAUGGUUUGAUCUUCAUUCUAGAUUUGUACUAUGGGGAUUGAUUGAUUGUUUGUUGUAUUUUUGGUCAUAGUUAUGUGCAAUUUUUGUUUUUUUUUUUUAUUUUAAA